AUGUCUGAUGAAGAGUUUGAUAUCGCUAGCAAGCUAGUUGAUGACGAUGUUGACAGCGAAAGCGGAUAUGAGAGCGAAGGAGAAAUCCAGGAUGAGAUCAUAGACAGCGAUACGGAAGAGGUGCCGUCAAAGAGACAGAAGGUGGAAACAAAAGGAUUUCCUAGUCUUGAGCUUUCAGACGACGAGGACAAAGAUAGUGGGGAUUUCUUUUUGAACCAGCCGGCUGCAAAGAAGGCCAAGAACGGCACGUUUGCGUCUUUUGGUCUUUCAAAACACAUUUUGACCAAUUUGAGCAAGAAGGGGUACAGACAACCAACACCUAUCCAACGUAAGACUAUUCCAUUGAUUAUAUCGAACAGAGACGUUGUUGGAAUGGCCAGAACCGGUUCUGGUAAAACCGCUGCGUUUUUGUUGCCUCUGAUCGAGAAACUCAAGACCCACGUUGCCAAGAUCGGUGUUCGUGCUAUUAUUCUUUCUCCAUCUCGUGAAUUGGCUAUGCAAACGUCCAAGCAAUUUAAAGAGUUUAGUCGUGGAUCUGAUCUGCGGUCGUUGCUGCUUAUUGGUGGAGACUCGAUGGAAGACCAGUUUGGAGCCAUGAUGGCCAACCCUGAUGUGAUUAUUGCUACUCCUGGUCGGUUCUUGCAUUUGAAGACAGAAAUGCAAUUAGAUUUGCGCACAGUUGAAUAUAUCAUUUACGACGAGGCAGACAGAUUGUUUGAAAUGGGAUUCGCAGAACAAUUGAACGAAUUGCUUGCCUCGUUGCCCGAAAAGAGACAGAGCAUGUUGUUCUCUGCUACUUUGCCUCGAAACCUUGUGGAUUUUGCCAAAGCAGGUUUGACUAACCCGGUUCUUGUUAGACUCGAUUCCGAAACAAAGAUUUCCGAGGACUUGCAAAUGUGUUUCCUCAGUAUCAAGAAGAACGAGAGGGAAGCAAACUUGUUGCUAUUGCUGCAAGACGUGAUCAAAAUGCCUGUUGCAACUCCUGAGGAAAUUAAAAAACUUGACAACGCUAACAAGCUGGACGACGACUCCGAUUCCGACACAGAGAUCGACAAGAAGAAGAGCAAAAAACGUCCACGGCGCGAGAAAGUCGCUCGCGCAGGCGAUCUUCCUACAGAACACUCCACCAUCAUUUUCGUUCCAACAAAGCACCACGUUGAGUAUGUGACACUACUGUUGAAAGAUGCCGGAUAUGCAACCGCCUACAUUUACGGAUCGUUGGAUCAGCACGCUCGUCGUCGCCAGCUGCUGAACUUUCGUGCUGGGUUAUGUCGGAUUCUUGUGGUGACCGACGUUGCUGCCAGAGGUAUUGAUAUCCCAGUUUUGGCCAAUGUGAUCAACUAUUCGUUCCCGUCCUCUUCUAAGAUAUUUGUCCACCGUGUCGGACGUACUGCGAGAGCAGGAAACAAGGGAUGGGCGUACUCGAUUUUGAGCGAGGCUGAGCUGCCGUAUUUGUUGGACCUGGAGGUGUUUUUGGGCCGCAAAGUGCUGCUGACGUCGAUGCACGAGAAAAAAUGUCAGUUGUUGCAAGACAAGUACGAGCAAGAACAUGGCACUCUGGCUGGAUUUGUGAAACCUAAUCUCUCCUACACCGAGCGGUUGGUUCUGGGAAGUGCUCCUCGUGGACUGAUUGGAGAGUCGCAGGAGCUUUACGAGACAUUGUUGAAACAUAACUACGAAAUCCGGACAUUGAAAGGAGUCGCCGAGAAGGGAGAAAAGCUAUUUUUCCGCACGAGAGGCGGAGCCAGUGUGGAGUCGCUGCGUCGUGCCAAGGAGAUUUCCAACAUGGGCUGGGACCAGCAGAACCUGCUGUUUGGAGCCAAUUUGGAGCACGAAAAGGACCAGUUCCUUGCCAAGUUGCAAAACAGGAGAAAUAAGGAGACUGUUUUCGAGUUUGGCAAGAAGGACGACUCGUUGAUGGACCUGAUGAACACGAGACGUCGUCAGAUCGCUCCUGUUCAGCGCAAAGCCCAGGAAAGACGCGAGUUGUUGGAGCUCGAGAGAGUUUCUGGACUGUCGCAUACUUUGGAGGACGAGCUGUUCAAGGACGAUUCUGGCCUGGAAGUUGGGUACAGCGUGAACGAGAGCGAGCUUGCAAAGACGUUUGAGGACGGCGACCAAGUGCUGGACUCGAAGAAGUCCAAGAAGAAGUCGUUCAAGGACCCAAACUUUUAUAUUUCUCACUAUGCUCCUGCUUCCACGAUCCAAGAGCAGCAAUUAUCGGUGGACACCGGGUUUGCGUCGGAGGCCAACCGGGCUGCCUUUGACAUCGACGCCGAGGACGAGAAGGUGAGCGUGCAACGACAGACGGCACGUGUGCUGUGGGACAGAAAGGCAGGAAAGUACAAAAAAGUGCAGGACGACAAAAAGUAUAUUAUUGGAGAGAGCGGACAGAAGAUUCCCGCCUCGUACCGGUCUGGUAAGUUUGACGAGUGGAAGACGCAGCACAACGUCAACUUCAAGACAGGAGCCCAGGAGCAGAACAGAGGGUUUAAAGGAGAUCUUUCUGGAAGAAAGCAGCGUGGCAAGUUUGUGCAUAGCAGACAGGAUGCUCCAAAGCUGCCGGAUAAGAAUAGAGACAACUACAAGGAGCAGGUGGAGAAGGUGAAGAAGGCCGUUGAAGGGGGCCGUUCUGUUAAGGGAUGGAACACAAAUGGUGGCCGGAACGAGCUCAAGUCUGUAGAACAAAUUAGAAAGCAGAGAGAGGUUAAGGACAAGAGACGGGCCAAGAACGCGAGACCGAGCCGCAAGAGAAAAUAG